AUAUGGUGACAAAUGGCAAAUUGGUGAUAUUAUUGGUGUAACCAUAGAUGUAGACAACGAAUUGAUAGAAUUCUAUCGCAAUGGCAAAUCCAUGGGUCCGGCAUUCGAGAAACUUGAAAAGGGACCAAAUAUAAGUUUUUUCCCAGCCAUAUCACUGGGCUACAAUCAGGGGGUACAGGCUAAUUUUGGUAACGCCCCCUUUAAGUAUCCAGUACCGGGUUAUAUGCCUUUAAUGGCCAAACCUUUAAUAUGUUUAGAAAAAGCCGAUUUGCUGUUGGAGUAUUUACAAAAUUUAGCCUUAGUAGUGGCACGACAUAAUUGUGAAAUGAGAAAAAGGCCUAAGGAUGAUAAAUUAUCCACCAAGAAAACGGUAUAUGUGGUGUUUUGUACCCUAUUGAUAGAAAAGUUGACGCCUUUGCUGUUUAACACCUAUGUCAUAGAGGACAAACUGUUGCCUUUAAUGGGACAAAUGUGCAAUAUGAAAAAUGAAACUGAUUCCAUAUUACCCGGACAUGCGGAGAGUAUUUUAGGUGCUCUGUUGAAUAUAUUUUGGAAUUAUUUAGAAGUGGAUGAAAUGAAGUUUCUUUUAAAGAAACUAGCCAAUGCUAUGCUUAGUAAUUAUACUCAUACUAAUAAGGGUUUAGACUAUGAGCAACAGCGUCAUGCCUUACAGAUUUUAAUAUGUCUGUGUAAUCAUACACGCACUAGAAAAACCUAUUUGGAACAUAAGUUCUUCAAAAAACAUUAUUUGGCUUUAUUAAUGUAUAUACGACCACCGGAGUUUAAUUAUAUGCAAAAUUUAAUACCCAAUCAUAUGGCCUGGACUGAGGGUAUUGGUGGUCCCAAAAGUAAAUAUAUGGCUGUUGUGGAGAAAAUAGCCAAGUCUACAGAUUUCUUAUAUGCCUUACAAAAGACUCUAUUGCUAACAUUACUCACCAAUAAUGAUGGUGAUGAUAAAACACCCUCUUCAAGUAAAUUAUUUUUAGCUAAACUACGUAGAUAUGUUAUGGAUUUGUCCAUGGAACAAAGGCCUUUUCACUCUUUCUUCUUUAUGCAAUCGAGUAUUUUACAUCCCAUUGAGAAUACAGUGGCCUUAGCUUUCAUUGGUAUAUUAGUUGAUGUCACCAAGACCACCUUUGACAAGGAAAUGCCUGGCAAUGAUAUAGAAAUUAAACCCAAAUACUUUUACGAUGGCAGUUUCGAGUAUCAACAUUAUGAUCGUGUGGGUGGGGUAUUGUCUCACUUGCGUAAAGUGCAUCGCAAUGAAAUACAACAGUAUUUGGGUACGGAAAGAACCCAAGAGCUAAUAGAAGAUGACCGGGUUAUUGUGAGAGUAGCAGAAUUAACUGCUGAUACUAUAAAUAAUAUUUCCAUUAUAGGUCGUUCUGCUGGCAAUUCGGCCACCUUUACCUCUUUUAUAAAUCCCCGGGUAACUAAUACUUUAGAAAUAACUCCCGGCAAUAGUGACAACGAAUCUUCUUUAUUUCAAUUAUUGGAUUUAUGUGUUUUAUAUUAUUACUGUGUGGGUCAUAAAUAUAUUGUUAAGAUUGCCUCGGUACGCGAUGAAAUCGCUGCCUUAAAUGAUGUUCUUUUAGAAACGAAAUACUAUCGUGAAGAUGUUGAAAAGAAACUGCAGGCUUUAGAAGAUCAUGCCAGUGUUUGUAUGAAUGAUCAGCAUUCUCAUGUGGUUUCAGAAUUAAGAACCAAAUUCAGUCAAAGGGAAAAUGUUUUUGCGAAACGUUCGAUUGAUUUGGCUCGUAAACAGGCCUGGUUUAGAGCUGUGGCAUUGGGUCAGAAGAAACGUCUAUUAUUAAUUUGGUUAUUGGAGAAAACUUUAAGAACCUUAAAUGCCUCUUCCCAUCAAGGCAAUUUAUUUUCCUUUGUACCCGAAGUCUAUAUCAACAUAUUACCCAUACUGCUGGAUACAGUAAUGGAUUUUAGUAAUCACGAUUUAGUAGUACAAUUUGAGGUACAAGACUCGGAAUGUGUUAUAAGUAUGGUGGCCGAUUUCUUAAGUGUACACUCAGCAGAUCCACGCAUUAUUUUGGCUUCAUGUAAAGAUUCUUUGCUGCAAGCUUUGGGUACAUUAACAUGCCAUAGAUCAGGUAUUAAAGCAUUGGAAAAAGCACCCAAGAAAAGUCAAUUAGCUUUAGUUAAAGCCUUAUUGCGGCCUUAUGAAAAUCGUGCCUGGGGCCAGAGUAAUUGGUUGCUAUUGCGUUUCUGGUUGGGUGAUGGUUUUGCUUAUAGUGAUGCCCGCCAGCCUUGUGUUUGGCAGGGUGGUAAUUCGCCUUUACAAAUAGGUCUCUGUCGUUCUCGUGCCAAAAAUGAGACACAUACUGGAUUGCUGCAUAAUAUAGCACCAGCAAAUCCUUCGAAGCACUUUCAACAGCUAAUAGGAGCAAAACUAAUAGAGGAUGAACCAUUUGCAACGGCCUUUUUGAAUUCUGUAUUGAGUCAGUUGAAUUGGGCUUUUUCCGAGUUUAUAUUACUUUUGCAAGAGAUACAAAAUACGGCUCAUCGCCAGGAGAACACAGUUUUUGAACCCAAACAAUUGAAGAUUUGUUCGAUGUGUUUUGAGUUGACUGUGUCUUUGAUGCGUUGUUUAGAAUUGAUUAUUACCGUGGCUCCCGAUAUAUUUCAUGAUCAAUGCCGUCCAAAUAGUGAUUUGGUUCUGAAUCGUGUUUGUCAACUUAUCAGUCAGGUUUUAUCACGUGUCACCGUGCCUCCAGGAUGUUUUCAAUUUGUGGUCGAUAUGUGUUCGGCUGAUUUAAAUGCCGUUACUCACUUCCCCAUUAUAACGGCAGCAUUGGGUAUUUUGUUGGCUUUGUUUAAGGAGGAAAUGGAUAAUGAUAAGAAUCCAACAAAGGUAGUUGUCACCCGCAUUACCCGAGCCCUUUUAACGGAUCCCAGUUUUCAAUUUGCGAAUUUAGAAUUUGCUUUGGGUGAAAUAAAAACACCCAUAUUACAACAAAGUGAAAUACCUAGAGGUAAUUUUGAUCCAUCGACUAGACCUCAUAUAGAUCCACUGACAAAUGAUGUAAGAGUUCCUCAACCUACUACCUCUACGAAAAGAAUACGAGCAGAUCCUCCCAUACUAAAGUUUACACUAACAGAUUUUCCAACCCAUGUUACUGCCGAAGAAAUCGAACGUGUACGUCGCCUUAUUGAUAUGCUUAAGGCUAAACAAUCUUUACUUUCCGAUAUUACCUUGCCUUCCGAAGAUUCUCUCUGUCCGAUCUGUUGUGCCAAACCCAUAACUGUUGUAUUCAAUCCCUGCAAACAUCAGUCGUGCAACAAUUGUAUACUCCAGCAUCUAAUGAAUUCGAAAGUGUGUUUUUAUUGCAAGACCCUGAUCAAAACUAUAGAGACCUCAGAUGGUACAAUUAUCUAUGAGAAUGCCGAGUAUGUGCAGACGCCAUCAUUAUUUGAAGUUUAGUUUUCAUUUAACAGAGUAAAGAAAUCAUCAUAAACUCGCAAUUAAACCCACCCACUCUUAAAUUACACAAAAAGUAAAUUAAUUAACUUUUUCUAUACUCAUAAAUGCUAGUCAAAUAUAUACAUACAUAUAUAAAUUAUAUACUAUAGAGUAUAUUUUAUAGAUUUAUAUAUAAGAAAUAUUCAAUUAUAUUUAGAAAAGCGAUAAAAACAGAAAAAAAUAUUUUAAGUCAAAUUUUUACACUGCCUUUAGAUUUUGUUAUUGGUAUUUUAAAAAAAGAACAAAUUAUUUAUAGUGUAUUUUCAACCAAGUAAAAAAAAAGCAAAUUAUAAAUUCCAUAUUUUUAUUAAAAUUAAAUUGUUAACCUAUUUACUUAGUUUAUAAUUUAUUUAAAACAGCUUUCAGUGUUUACUACAAAAGCUAUGCAUGAACAAUUAUUUUGAAAAUCUAAAUUUAGUAAAAGCAUUUAUUUAGUUUGUAAAUUAUUAUUUUAUGUUUAACACUUUCCGCUCCACAAA